CGGGAAGUGAAAUGUUUUUUCGCACGAAUAUAUACCCGCAACUUCUUUCUCACCCGAUGCAAAAUGGAAUAGCAACAAUAACAACCAUAAUAUUUUAAACAUUUCUAAUUCAGGUCUUUUGGAUCAGUGUGUGCUGUAUUGCUCAUCAUGCCCCUAACAGCAGCUGUGAUCAGUGGAGCCCAAAAGCUGGUCCUGUACGAGACAAGAGCUAGAUUUUUUCUGGUGGGGAGUAAUAACGCUCAAACCAAACACCGUGUCCUGAAGAUCGACCGGACUGAACCACGAGAUCUGGUCAUCAUUGAUGACAAGCAUGUAUAUAGUCAGCAGGAGGUCCGGGAGCUUUUGGGAAGGUUGGAUCUUGGAAACCGGACUAAGAUUGGACAGAAGGGCUCUUCUGGUCUCUCCAGAGCUGUCAAUGCCUGUGGCAUUGUGGGCUUUGUGCGUUUCCUGGAAGGGUAUUAUAUCAUCCUGAUCACCAAGCGACGCAAGAUGGCCGACAUCGGGGGUCACUCUAUUUAUAAGAUAGAAGACACCAAUAUGAUUUAUAUCCCUAAUGACUCGGUCCGAGUCACGCAUCCUGAUGAAGCCAGAUAUGUGAGGAUGUUCCAAAAUGUGGACCUGUCUAGUAACUUCUAUUUCAGUUACAGCUAUGACCUGAGCCACUCUCUGCAGUAUAACAUGACUCUCCUCCAGACACCGUAUGAUCACGGAGAAAAUGAGCAGCUUCAUGCGAGUAGCAGCAGCAGCAGUAGCAAACAGGACAGCUUUGACAUCUUUGAGGAUGAAGGCCUUCCAACGCAAGUUGUAAACGGCUUGAAGAAUGAACCGUACGCUAAAUACGUCUGGAACAGUCGUCUGAUGGAGAAAGUGAAGGACGUGGUGCAUCCAGACUGGCUCCUGUACAUCAUCCACGGCUUCUGCGGCCAGUCCAAAUUGUUGAUCUACGGCCGGCCGGUUCAUGUCACUCUGAUUGCACGACGUUCCAGCCGUUUUGCCGGGACCCGCUUCCUGAAGAGGGGCGCCAAUUGUGAGGGAGAUGUGGCAAACGAAGUGGAGACCGAGCAGAUCAUCCACGAUGCUUCGGUAAUGUCGAUAACAGCAGGCAGCUACUCCUCCUACGUGCAGGUGCGAGGCUCCGUGCCACUCUACUGGUCUCAGGACAUCUCCACCAUGAUGCCCAAACCCCCGAUACGAUUGGACCAGGCUGACCCAUACGCCCAGGUUGCGGCACUUCACUUUGACCAGAUGCUACAGCGGUUUGGUUCUCCGAUCAUUAUCCUUAACCUUGUUAAGAAGCGGGAGAAGAGGAAACAUGAAAAAAUCCUAAGUGAGGAACUCUACCCAGCAAUCAUCAACCUCAAUCAGUUCAUGCCCCCGGAGCACUGCAUCGAUUACAUUGCCUGGGACAUGGCUCGUUACACCAAGAGUAAAUUUUUAAAUGUGUUGGACCGGUUGAGUAUGAUCGCCGAGAAUGUCGUGAAGAGGACCGGCUUCUUUGUGAACCGAUCUGGUUUCCACUGUCACAUGUUACGGCCUGAUGAUAGAUGGGGUGAUUUGGGAGGCCUGGUUACUGCUCAUGGUAGAAUACAGACUGGAGUUUUGAGAACGAAUUGUGUGGACUGCUUGGAUCGCACUAACACUGCCCAGUUCAUGGUGGGGAAGUGUGCUCUGGCCUAUCAGCUUUACGCCCUUGGGAUGAUUGACAAGCCGAAAUUACAGUUCGACACUGAUUGCGUCAGGUUGUUUGAGGAGCUGUAUGAAGAUCAUGGCGACACGCUGUCGUUGCAGUAUGGCGGCUCACAGCUGGUUCACCGAGUCAAGACCUACCGCAAGAUUGCUCCAUGGACGCAACACUCUAAAGACAUCAUGCAGACGCUCUCUCGUUACUACAGCAAUGCGUUCUCAGAUGCCGACAGGCAGGAUGCCAUAAACCUUUUCCUCCAGGUUUACCAGCCUUCAGAGUCCAAGCCACAUUUGUGGGAGCUGCCUACAGACUUUUACCUCCACCAGAACAAUACCAUGGCCCUGCCUCAUGAGAGACGCAGUUAUACUUACUGGUGGACGGACAGUGUGUUGUCCUACCUUCCUGUACCUUAUGAUGAAGUCCCCUGUGAGAAGAACAGGAAGAAGGUUACGGUGAAACGGGUGAAUCAAUACGACGAGAGCAUAGACAUGUACACGGAGUUCUUCAAGCCUUACGAACUCACCGCUUUUGAUGAUACAUUCUGUAUCGCCAUGACCAACUCAGCAAGGGAGUUUAUGCCAAAGAGUGUUGGCCUGGAUCCUAGCCCUUUCACUGUGCGUAAACCGGAAGAGACCGGCAAAUCGGUGCUGGGCAAUAAGUCGAGUAAAGAGGAAGCCGUGCUGCAGCGUAAGACGGCAGCUAGCGCUCCUCCUCCACCCAGUGAAGAGCAGAUCUCCAGCAGCUCGGAGGAUGACUCCGAGGAAGAUCGAGAGGACGAGACCACCUCUUCUCACCGCUACACACCAAUCAAGCAUGCUGAGUCCAGAGAAAACCUUCACGCUCAAGAGGAGCAACAGCAGCAGCCUGCAAGAGAGCCUUAUGGGUUGAACCUGUCCGCUUUGCCCAGGGAUGAGGACCUCUGCAUAUAUCACAGGUUCUCUCUCCUUGGGAGAAACCAACACAAGGUGGAAAGGAAUGAGCAGUUGAUGGACAGCAAAAAAUUUCUGGAAAAUGUCAUUAAUCUAGCUCCGGUGUCAUCGUUCGGCGCCGACAGCAUUUACGAGGUGUCUGCCCCACGAGUCGACCCGGAGACCCAAAACAUUUUCCGCGCGCAUGUCAACGCGGGCCACGGCUAUCUGUUUAAACCACUGUGCCGAGAAGAUGUAAUCAUUUAUCGUGAAUAUGUGAAAAACAGAUACAUGUGACACGUCAGUCAUGCGUUCUGUCGCUUAUGAAGGUAUUCAGAAAAGCCUGAAAGAAGACGUUCCAGCAACAGAACAUUGGAAGGUCUGGUUAGAGAGAGAGAGAGGGAAAAAAUCUUAAGUUGACCUUCCUUAUGAGUAAGAAAAAAAAAGUCAUCACACAAUUCAUCGACUGCUUUCUGAUUCUCUGGACAUGUUGGAUCCUUCGCUCCAAGACAGUGAGGAAAAUUAUGCUCGGAAACCGGAUUUGAGUAUGCAAGAUUGUGACAGGUUGCAUUUCUUUUUAUUUAUUUGCAGUUACACCAGAACGACUGGACAUUCCCACUGAUUCUUUAGAUUUUAUUUCCAGUAUGUUAACACUGUGUAUAUUCCUUGCUUUUAUACAAGUAUUGAUUUCACUAAAUGUACAAGCUGAACUGCAAAUGUCAGUCUUAGUGGUUUUUAUGCUUUUUUUUUUGUCUUUUUAAUUGAGUUUAAUGAUUUAUUUAUGUCCUGAUUGUGUUUAAUGUGCAUGUGAAUAACAUUAGAUUAAACUGCUGUCUGAACGCAAGUUCGACUUUGUUUCUGGCUCUAA